GUUUUAAACUGAAGAGAAAAUGUCACUUUACGAUGACCUGGGGGUUGAGACCAGCGAUUCCAAGACAGAAGGCUGGUCCAAGAACUUCAAGCUGCUGCAGUCUCAGCUGCAGGUGAAGAAAGCAGCUCUCACACAAGCAAAGAGUCAGAGAACAAAGCAAACCACAGUCCUGGCUCCAGUGAUCGACCUGAAGCGAGGCAGCUCUUCUGAUGAGAGGCAGAUCGUGGACACUCCACCCCAUGUAGCAGCUGGGUUAAAGGAUCCGGUCCCUAGUGGUUUUUCUGCAGGAGAUGUGUUGAUUCCUCUGGCAGAUGAGUAUGAUCCCAUGUUCCCAAAUGACUACGAGAAGGUGGUGAAGAGGCAGAGGGAGGAGCGGCAGAGGCAGCGCGAGCUGGAGAGGCAGAAGGAGAUUGAAGAGAGGGAAAAAAGGCGUAAGGACAGGCAUGAAGCCAGUGGGUUCUCCAGGAGGCCAGAUCCGGAUUCUGACGAAGAUGAAGACUAUGAAAGGGAGAGAAGGAAACGAAGUAUGGGGGGAGCUGCCAUUGCACCUCCCACUUCUCUCGUUGAGAAGGACAAAGAACCUGUAGCAUCGUUUCCAUACGAGGAGGAUUCAAGACCUCGAGCACCAUCUUCCAAAGCAGCUAUUCCUCCCCCAGUGUACGAUGAGCCCGAGAGACCUCGUUCCCCCACGGGGCCCAGCAACUCCUUCCUGGCUAACAUGGGAGGGACAGUAGCUCACAAAAUAAUGCAGAAGUAUGGCUUCAGAGAGGGCCAGGGGCUGGGGAAGCACGAGCAGGGGCUCAGCACAGCACUGUCAGUGGAGAAGACAAGCAAGAGAGGUGGCAAGAUCAUUGUUGGCGAGUCUACAGAGAAAGAAACAGGCAAGAAAGCAGAUUCUAACCCACUGACUGAGAUACUGAAGUGCCCAACUAAGGUGGUGUUACUGAGGAACAUGGUAGGUGCUGGAGAGGUGGAUGAAGAUCUGGAAGUUGAAACAAAGGAGGAGUGUGAGAAAUAUGGCAAGGUUGGGAAAUGUGUCAUCUUUGAGAUCCCUGGUGCCCCUGAUGAUGAAGCUGUGAGAAUAUUUUUAGAGUUUGAACGGGUUGAAUCUGCCAUCAAAGCUGUGGUGGAUCUAAAUGGCAGAUACUUCGGAGGCAGAGUGGUGAAGGCUUGUUUCUACAACCUGGACAAGUUCAGAGUGCUGGAUCUGGCAGAGCAAGUCUGAUUUUAACAGUCUAGCUGGAGGUGUCACUGGCCAUCAGGUUU